UGCCCGUCUCUGUGCAAGCUUUAGCCCUGCCGAACCCCAUCUGUUGCCAAGGUCCACAUUAUCCCCACUUUAGAGGUGAAAAAACUGAGUCACAGAAUCACCUAAGUGGCUGAGUUGGAAACGCAGGUCUGAGGCCAGCCACACACCGUGUAGAGAGAAGGAAAUUUGCCUGGACUGCAGCCAGUGGAGGGGGGCUGCUCACUGCUCAUGGCAGUGGCAUGGACAGAAGGAGGAUGCCUGUCAGGGACGGUCCUCUCAGACGCUGCCCCAAAGCCAGCACUGAAUAGCAGUGCCCAACACAAGCCACCUCCAAGUCCCCACACCCAGCAGGGACCAGAGCCUGGUGUGCCUGAAAAGGCCAGUGACUGGGGGAACAGCCUGGGAUUCCCCCGGGCCAGACAGUGAGGGCUGCACGUGUGUGCACGUGUGCAUGCAAUGGUGCACGUACAGGCCCUGCGCAUGCGUGUAGCGUGUGUGCUGUGCCAUGUGUGCGCGCCCCACAGGGCAGUGGAGACAGGCAAGCACUGGAUCCCUAGACCACGUCCCAUAAAUGUCUGCCGGGCCCCACCGCCAUACCCCAGGGCCAUCGCUAGCCUCCCCCAGCUCCUCUGGGUGCCUGCAGCCUGGUGUCAGUGAGGCCCCCAGCCCCAGACUGGGGGAGACGGGUCCUCAGGCACCCAGAGGCUAAGCGGGAGCUGCUGGCCUGGCCCCCAGGCCCCCGGCACACCCUGGGGCUGACCUGGCUGCAGCAGCCCACUUGGUUACAGCCUUUCCUCCCUCGCUUGCAUGCCGCUCCUCGGGCCCAGCUGUGAGCCUGGCCCGCGCAGGCAGGGCCCAGGCCGGUGUGAGCACGGCCAGCCACGGGGCUCCGCAGCUUCUAGGCCUUAGACCCUCAAGGUGCACUGUCCCCAGGCAGGCCGAGAGCCCACGGCCUCCCCCUCGGGACCCUCCCCACCCUAGCCACGGGGUGGAAGCCGGGCCAUCUGGCCAUCCACUGUCCUCCUGGCUGGCCUGCAGGGCUGUGGGACACACACCCCCCAGGCUGCCCCUGGGCCUGCCGAGGGAGCCACCCCUGCAGUCUCCCACCCCGACUGCCGACAGUGCCUCCCCAGGGCUGGAGGGAGUGUUUCUGUGCCCACUCCCUGGGGCAUUGGCACCUCCAAGCCUGUCUCACAGGCAGCCGGAGAAUCCAGGCCCCUCUGGCAGAUGGGUACAGGGUGACCCCUCUCCAGGAAUAGGUGGGUGCCAGGGGCUUGGGCACAGGCAGGUAGCAAGGUCACAGUCAGCGGCUGCCCAAAGCCUGCCUGCCUGGGUCACUGUCAGCCAGAGAGCCUAGUGGUGGCAUCAGGAUGAGUCCAACGUGAGCACACCUGUGGGGCCCAGGAGAUGGAGGACAUCUCCAGGGCCCCGAGCUGGCAGGUGAGGACAGGCAAGCGCUUUGCUAAACAAAUCCUCUGCCCCUCCCCGCCCCGACUCCCCAUAUCUGGCGCCCCGGUCAGUCUGCCCACUUGCCGUCCCUGCUGGAAGCUGCCACCUGCCAUGCCAGGCCUGGCUCUCCUGGGCCUCGCGGCUGUCCUGGGCGUCAGGGCAGGGGCCCCGCUGUGCCUGUCCCGGCAGCUCAGCUGGCCAGGGGACUACAUGCUGGGGGGCUCUGCCCCCCUGGACUCAGCUGAGGAUGCUCUCGUCCCUGGGCUGCUCUGGGUGCUGGCCACGACGAUGGCCAUGGAGGAGAUCAACAGCGGGUCCACCCUGAUCCCGGGGCUGCGCCUGGGCUACAACUUCUUCGAUACGUGCUGGGAGCCCGUGGUUGCCGUGAAGCCCAGCUUGGUAUUCAUUGCCAAGGCCGGCAGCUGCAGCGUCGCCGCCUACUGCGAUUAUAUGCAGUACCAGCCCCACGUGCUGGCCGUCAUCGGGCCCCGCUUCUUCGAGGUCGCCCUGGUCACCAGCUUCUUCCUCAUGCUGCACGUCAGCUACGGCGCCAGCACGGACCGGCUGAGCAGCCGCGAGACGUUCCCGUCCUUCCUCCGCACGGUGCCCAGCGACCGCGUGCAGGUGGCGGCCGUGGUGGAGCUGCUGCGGGAGCUGCACUGGAGCUGGGUGGCCACCGUGGGCAGCGAAGACGAGUACAGCUGGCAGGGCCUGUGCCUCUUCUCCGGCCUGGCCGACGCCAAGGGCACUUGCAUCGCGCGCGAGGGCCGGGUACCACUGCCCAGAGCCGGCAGCCCGCGGCUGGGCUCCGUGCAGGGCCUGCCACGCCGGGAGAACCAGAGCAGCGUGCAGGUGGUGAGGGUUCUCCCCUGCCUGCGCUGCCGCACCCUCUUCAGCUACAGCAUCCGCUACAGGCUCUCGCCCAAGAUGUGGGUGGCCAGCGAGGCCUGGCUGCCCUCAAACCUGGUCAUGACGCUGCCCAGCAUGGACCGGGUGGGCACUGUGCUAGGCGUUCCGCGUCAGGGCGCCCAGAUGCCCGAGUUCCCGUCCUACGUGCAGACGUGCCUGGCUCUGGCCGCGGACCCCGCCUACUGCGCCUCGCUGGACACAGGGCAGCCAGGCCUGGAGGAGCACGUGGUGGGGCCGCGCUGACCCCAGUGUGACUGCAUCACCCUGGAGAACGUGACUGACGGGCUGCUGCACCGCCAGACCUACGCCUUCGCAGCCCUGUACGGCGUGGCCCAGGCGCUCCACAACAUACUGCUCUGCGACACCUCGGGCUGCCCUGUGCGGGAGCCCGUGCGGCCCUGGCAGCACCCGGAGAACAUGCACAACCUGAGCCUGCGGUUUGACACCAACGGGAACGUGGACGUGAAUCAUGACCUGAAGCUGUGGGUACGGUGGGACCGGACGCACUCCCAGAUGAGGUGGCACACGCAGGGAAACCAGCCCGUGCCCCAGUGCUCGCGGCAGUGCAAGGAGGGCCAGGUGCACCGCGUUAAGGGCUUCCACUCCUGCUGUUACGACGGUGCCGACUGCAAGGCAGGCAGCUACCAGCGCAACCCAGGUGAUGCCCUCUGCAGCAAGUGUGACCAGGACCACAGGUCCCCAGACUGGAGCACCGGUGCCUCCCCCGCCGGCCCAAGUUCCUGGGGUGCUUCUGCUCUGGGCCCGGCUCUGGGCCUGGUGCUGGCAGCCCUGGGACUCUUCAUCUGGCGCCGGCACAGCCCUGGUUCGGGCCUCGGGAGGGGGGCCACAGGCCUGCUCUGCCUGGGCCUCGUCUGCCUCAGCGUCCUCCUGUUUCCCGGCCGGCCCAGCUCUGCCAGCUGCCUGGCCCAGCCGCCACUGCACGACCUCCUGCUCACCGGCUGCUGGAGCACACCCUUCCUGCAGGCGGCUGAGAUCUUCGUGGGGUCAGAGCUACAGCCGAGCUGGGCAGACUGGCUCUGCAGCCGCCUGUGGGGCGCUGGCUGGUACUUCCCGCCGGAGGUGCCGACAGCCUGGCAAGUGCCGCCCACGGAGGCGCUGGUGCACUGCCACAUGCGCUCCUGGGUCAGCUUCGGCCUGGUGCAUGCCACCAAUGCCACGCUGGCUUUCCUCUGCUUCCUGGGCACCUUCCCGGUAAAGAGCCAGCCCGGGGGCUACAACGGUGCCCGCGGCCUGACCUUUGCCAUGCUGGCCUACUUCAUCACCUGGGUCUCCUUCGUACCCUUUGCCGACGUGCACGUGGUCUCCCAGCCCGCCGUGCAGAUGGGUGCCAUCCUCUUCUGUGUGCUGGGCAUCCUGGGCACCUCCCACCUGCCUAAGUGCUACCUGCUGCUGUGGCGGCCGGACCUCAACACCCCUGAGUUCUUCCUGGGAGGGGGUCCUGGCAACGCCAGAGGGCGAGGCAAGUGGGGGCGGGGAGGAGACUCAGGGAAAAAACAAGCGGCCCCUGACCCAGUGACCUCACCCCAGUGAACUCAUACCUAGUCAAGGUGCCCCCAGACCAAGUCCCUAUGCAGCAACCUACAGACUGUGCCCCAACUCCGCUGUGACUCCCCAGCCCUACAUUCUGCUGACCUUGACCCCACAGUGACCUCCAGAGUGCAUAAGGGGCCUCAGCUCCGUGGGAUCUCAACCCCUGGGGCCCCAGAGGCAGGCUCUGUCCCUGCCCCAGCCAAGCCCUGGCCUGCACAGGUGACCCAGCGCCACUGUUCCAGACAGAGGCCCAUGGAGGCUUCCUCGGGGCCCCCCGUAGCCCAGGCUGAGCGCACAGGAAAGCCCCCAGCCAAACCAUGUGAAGGCAAAGCUGGGUACCACUUGCCUGGCUGGGCCCAGCCUGGGGCCCCCACCCAGCAUCCUGUCCAAGCAUCGUAGGAGUGGGAGGUUGGUAGGUGGGGUGGGGCUUUCUUGACCCCUCUGCAGGGGUGUGUGCCUGACUGUGGGCCCCAGUGCAGGGCAGAGACCCGCUCAGGAAGGAGGGGGCACCCAGCUUCCUUCUCUCCCUGGCCAGUGAGCCAGUAGAAUGUGGUCAGUCCCCUCCAGCACCGCGGACAGAGCCCGGCCAGGGUCGGGGGUCAGCACCAAGGCCAGCACCAGCCUCAAGGACGACCCACCCCACCCCACCCUCCACCCCCAGCACC